ACAUUGGAUCCCAGUCCUUGUUUUUGUCGGCAAAUUUCACUCAACACUAUUAUAUCAUUUAUAGAGUACGAACACCAUUCCGCAACAAUCGAUUCUGAUUCAACUCUCGGAUCACAACUUUUCUCCGCUUCACUUGUCUGGGUCUAAGAUAUGGCUUCGUAUGAUAAACCAGAGGUAGUUGAGACCGAAGUCAAGGAUAGAGAGAAUGAGGAAGGCAAGAAAGAUGAAGAAAAGGGUGGAUUUAUUGAAAAGGUUAAGGAUUUCAUCCAUGAUAUUGGUGAGAAAAUUGAGGAAACAAUAGGAUUUGGGAAGCCAACUGCAGAUGUAACUGGGAUCCAUAUUCCUCACAUCAAUCUUGAAAAGGCUGAUAUUGUUGUCGAUAUCCUUGUGAAGAACCCCAAUCCUAUUCCCAUCCCUCUCAUUGACAUCAACUACUUAAUUGAGAGUGACGGGAGAAAGCUGGUAUCAGGCUUGAUUCCUGAUGCUGGGACGAUCCAUGCACAUGGUUCCGAGACUGUUAAGAUACCAGUUUGUCUGAUAUAUGAUGAUAUCAAGAACACAUACGAUGAUAUAAAGCCUGGAAGCAUUAUUCCAUACAAAAUCAAGGUUGAUCUCAUAGUGGACGUGCCAGUUUUUGGAAGGCUUACUUUGCCCCUUGAGAAGACUGGAGAGAUCCCCAUACCUUACAAGCCGGAUAUGGAUGUUGAGAAAAUUAAAUUCGAGAAAUUCUCUAUUGAAGAAACUAUUGCAAAUCUUCAUUUGAAGUUGGAAAACAAAAAUGAUUUUGACCUGGGGCUUAAUGCACUUGAUUAUGAGGUUUGGUUAUGUGAUGUAAGCAUUGGUGGUGCUGAACUUGCAAAAACUGCUAAACUUGAGAAGAAUGGAAUCACCUACAUUGACAUUCCCAUCACCUUUAAGCCCAAGGAUUGCGGUUCUGCUCUUUGGGAUAUGAUCAGAGGAAGAGGUACUGGUUACUCAAUGAAAGGGAAUAUCGACGUUGAUACACCUUUUGGAGCUAUGAAGUUACCCAUCAGCAAGGAGGGUGGUACAACUCGUCUUAAGAAGAAGAAGGAAGACAGAGAUGAAGAUGAAGAUGACGACGACGACGACGACGACGAGGAUUGAAGUUUAUUGUUGAAGUGCUGAUCGGGAGCUACUUAUCCUUAGUUUUUUUUUUUUUUUUUUUUUUUUUUUUUUUUUUUUUAAUUUGCUCUAAUAAAGUAUAGGAGCUUAAACUCAGGUAUCUAUUUCAGGUGAUGAUCAAUGUAUUAUUUAGGUCUAUGCGUGUGCUCUCAUAUGGUUGGUGCUACAUACGCUUCUUGCUUUGUAUGGGCUCUUUGUUGUUAUCAUGACGUAAGAAACUUGGAUUUAUGGUGCUACUUGAUAUGGUUUUUUAAA